AUGGGAAGAGAGAGACCCGCUGACUGCUUUCAGGGAAGCAUCAUGCUGACCAGUAUCGCCGAUGGGAUCAUGUGUUGCCUGAUGGGCAAGACAACCAAUGCGGUGGGGCCCGUGGACAGCGUUGAGUCCAGCGACGGCUACAGCUUCCUGGAGGUGAAGCCUGGGAGGGUCCUGCGGGUGAAACACACCCUGCCCACCCGCCAGUCCAAGGAGGGGCCUGAGGAGGGGCCCGAGUGGGGUGUGGUGCACUGUAAGCGCAAGAUCACCCUCUACCGCAAUGGGCAGUUGGUGAUCGAGAACCUGGGCGAUGCCAUCCGCUCCGAGCUCCUGCACUGCCAGAACGGCCCUGUGGAGCCCCAGAGCACCAUGGAACUGGAGCUCUCGGACGUUGCCGGCAAUGCCUGCACCCAGGGCACCGCUGCCAACCCGGGCUCCAGCGCCCAGCAGGCUCCAGCGCCCGGCAAGCGCCGGAAGCGCAAGCCCAAGAAGGUCGUCAACAUCGACUGCAAGAAGCAGAUCAGCAGCUGCAAGGGGACGCAGAGCGACGUGGUGCUGUUCUUCAUUCACGGCGUGGGCGGCUCCCUGGACAUCUGGAAGGAGCAGCUGGACUUCUUCAGCAAGCUGGGCUAUGAGGUGGUGGCCCCGGACCUGGCCGGACAUGGCUCUAGCUCCGCCCCUCAGAUCGCGGCUGCCUACACCUUCUACGCCCUGGCCGAGGACAUGAGGGCCGUCUUCAAGCGAUAUGCAAAGAAGAGGAACAUCCUGAUAGGCCACUCGUAUGGGGUUUCCUUCUGCACCUUCCUAGCCCACGAGUACCCGGACCUGGUCCACAAGGUGAUCAUGAUCAACGGGGGCGGCCCCACCGCGCUGGAGCCCAGCCUGUGCUCCAUCUUCAACAUGCCAACCUGCGUCCUUCACUGCCUGUCCCCCUGCCUGGCCUGGAGCUUCCUCAAGGCUGGCUUUGCUCGCCAGGGUGCCAAAGAGAAGCAGCUGCUCAAGGAAGGCAACGUCUUCAACGUCUCCUCCUUCGUCCUGCGGGCCAUGAUGAGCGGCCAGUACUGGCCGGAGGGCGACGAGGUCUAUCACGCCGAGCUCACCGUGCCGGUGCUGCUGGUGCACGGCAUGCAUGACAAGUUUGUGCCAGUGGAGGAGGAUCAGCGGAUGGCCGAGAUCCUGCUGCUCGCGUUCCUGAAGGUGAUUGACGAGGGCAGUCACAUGGUGAUGAUGGAGUGUCCGGAGACGGUGAACACCCUGCUCCACGAGUUCCUCCUGUGGGAGCCCGAGACGCCGGCCGGGGAAGGGCGAGAAGUGGAGAAGAAAUAA